AUGACCACCCAUGAGUUAGCGUUUCCGGGUCACUUGACUCCACCCGAUAUCCAGGCGUAUCAACAAUUUUCCAACCAAUCUGGCAGUCCCCUCCUUUCAACAUAUCGGCUCCGUAGCUUUCGAAAAUACACGCCUCUCUUAAUUGACGGUGUUGAUGGACGUCUCAAUCCGGAAUCCUUCUACAUCAAGUCUAAAUCUGCUGGCAAGCUUAGGCGAAAUCUCCCAGUACGGGCCAUUUUGCCAGUAGGCAGAUUUUUGGGACUGCCUCCGUUGGAUUUAUUUGAAAAUGAGGACUAUCAAUCAGAAGAAAAAAAAAUCCGUGAGCCAUUGGCUAUUAAUGGAUUGGAAAUUAGACGACCCAACUCAAUUCAUCAAGCUGUGGACGCCUAUAUGAGGAGCGUCGAGGUUAAAAGCUCUUCAAGAUUUCUCGUUACUACCAAAAGCAAAAAUACCUGCUUCGAGAUUGUCGAUAGAUGGGGUGUGAGAAGAAAUAUUAACGGCCCGUUCUGGCCGUUUGGUUUGGGGCCUCUUGGUCCUCCACCAAAUCUUCGGGAUGGAGUUGAAUUGUGGGAAAUUGAUAGGACACGUCAGAUGCGAGAGAAGGUCCUUUCCAAACUGGAACACCUCUUUGUCAGACGGCCAAUGGGAGAAGUAGAAGAUAAUGCGGCCUUCAGGCAACCAAUCGUGGUGUUUGAUACAGAUUCGAGUCCACCAAUGGAAGUGAGAAUUAGAAGAGCGGAUGUUUUGAAAGAGGAGGGGCUAUUGAUCUUUGAGUCGAGAUUUGAGUCGGGCAAUCUGAAACAGGCUAGAAGAAUUGGCACCUACGAAUACGAACUUGUGUUGACUCCAGAUCUAGUGACCGAAUCGCAUGUCCAGUGGUACUUCUUCCAGCUAGCUGGCGCCCAGUGUGGCGUGGAGUACACCUUUCGUAUCGUAAACUUGCUUAAAAGUAAACGGCUAGUGAAAAGUGGCGAAAAAAUUCUAUUUCAUUCAAAGAAAUUGGCCGAGAAAACGGGUAAUGGAUGGACCAGAGUUGGAACGGAUACAAGCUACGGGAGGAAUCUGAGGUCAGAAAAAAAUCCGGUCCUGAAGAGGGGCACUACCUACUACGAAUUAAUUUGGAAAAUGGUUUUUCCCUACAAUAACGAUGUGUGCGUAUUUGCCCACUGUUAUCCCUACACAUAUACCGAUUUGAAAGUGGACAUUAGUGAUAUGAUGCAAAGGGCGGGAAAGUUACCCUCCGGCAGUGUUAGAUGUGAGAAGUUGUGCUCCACUUUUGCCGGAAAUACCUGCUUUCUCAUAACUAUUACUGACCCGGCGAUUCCGGAUAGUGAGAAAUAUGCUGCAGUUCUUACUGCACGCGUUCAUCCCGGUGAAACGGUUGGUUCGUGGAACAUGAAGGGUAUAAUGGAAUUCCUGACCCAUCCGCGUAACGAAAAAGCUAAGGAAUUGAGACGUCGGUACGUUUUUAAGCUGGUCCCAAUGUUGAAUGCAGAUGGAGUCAUAGUGGGAAAUUAUAGAUGUUCGCUUGUUGGUAGAGAUGUCAAUAGGACGUACACUAUCUAUGGGCCGGAUAGUAUACCAGAAGUGCACUAUACGAGAAAACUUGUACAGCACUGUCAGGAAAUCUGCAAAGAUGUGAUAUUCUGCGAUUUCCAUGGACACAGCCAGGCCUUCAAUGCAUUCAUCUACGGAACAGACUCCGAAUACCGAUCUGUUAGCGUCGGAGGUCUAAUCGAACCACCCAAGACAUAUCUUACAAAUCCAAAACAAUACUUAGUCGACAGAAUGAUUCCCUUUCUGAUUAGCAAACAACCCUGGCGAGAGGGAUGCGCUCGGAUAUCCCUAUGGCGGCUGUUCAAAUUAACCCACUGUUUUACCAUGGAAACGUCACUUUUUGGCACCAAUCUAGAGCCUGGAUCCACUCUUCGCUACUUCGAUCGCGGAGACCUUCAGGCACUUGGCCAAAGCGUCGUCCUAGCUCUCUUAGAAUUUCACAAAAUUCAAAGCAACGAAACGUUUACGGAAACACUGAUUGAAAUGGGCAAAGCUAUGCUGCAAGAGAUGAUGCUUAAUCGAAUCGUGGCGAUGAGAACAAAAAACUCUCUGAAAUCUUCAAACCCUAGGCAACUGGAAAUUAACAAAGAAUUAGAAAAUAAUAUACACUCUGUGGAUGAUUUUGCGAGUGCCUUCUAUGAAUAUGGCGAUCUUUUGGUGGAAGGAGAAGAGGUCGAAAGUAGCAGUGCUUCUGAUGCCAGCUCCAUCCGUGAUUAUGACUUCAUUACGGAAGAGUCCCAAAACAUGGAGGAGGGGGAAAACUAUGCGCCAGUGAUGCAACGCAAAAGGCGACGUCGCAAGCAUCGAAAGUGUAGGCGACGAAGGAAGAAUCGGAGGCGUAGACUAGCACUCCAGAAAUCCGCAUCAGAAAAUAAACCAAAGGCCCUGGUGAUCAACUGA